AAUUGAAUUGAGCUGAUUGCAACUAAACUAAAAAUAAGUUGGGGAGAACAGACCAUUCGAACACCUAAAAAAUUAAGAUACAGGGAUUAAUCAUUGACACCGCACUGCUAUCAUAGGCAAUUAGGCAAAUAAUAGGCUAAAUCAAGCACCUGCACCAGAUCUCAUUCUACAAUCUACCUAUUAUCAGAAAGUCAAAACUCAACAAAUAAAAAAAAAUGUUGUCACGAUUUAUACUCCCACAAACUAUAUCUUCUCUUUCAAUCUCUGCUCAUAAUCUCUCUCCUAAACUCAAAUUUCUCAACCACCAUCUUGUUGGGCCCACUUCUUCAUUUAGGGCCCACUCUUUCCUCUUCACUACGUCGGCAGAAAAUGAGAGCGUCGCAAAAGAUGAAAGAAACGUCGGAAAUUCAUCGGCAACAGAUUUUCCGGCGGAACUCCGGCGAGAACUGAUGCCAGGACACGUGGCAAUGAUAUUGGAUGGGAAUAAGAGAUGGGCUGAGCUUAGAGGACUUGAGUCUAUUGUGGGCCAUGAUGCUGGGCUUAAGGCUUUGCUUGAAGUGAUGGGCUUGUGUUGUAAAUGGGCCAUUAAAGUUGCCACUUUUUUUUUGUUUUCUUCUGAAAAUUGGCGUCGGCCUAAGGCGGAAAUUGAGUUUGUGAUGUGGCGCUUUCAGAAGAUGUUGGAGGAUGAACUUGAGAAUAUCAUUAGGCAAGGAAUACGAAUCUCUACAAUCGGAGAUAUAUCUUUGCUCCCUAUCUCCUUACAAGAAGUCAUAGAACACACAAAAGAAGCCACAAAGGACAACACUAAAACUCAUGUAAUCUUUGCCAUUAGUUAUAGUGGUAAGAACGACAUCGUGCAAGCAUGUAAAAACAUCAGUACGAAGGUUAGAAAUGGCCUGAUCGAGCCUGACGAUGUGACUGAAACGCUUAUUGAGCAAGAGCUAGAGACCAAGAUCACGAGUACCCCUUGUCCGGAUCUACUCAUCCGAACAAGUGGUGAACUUCGAAUCAGCAACUUCUUGUUAUGGCAGUUGGCAUACUCUGAGUUCUACUUCACUAAAACACUUUGGCCAGAUUUUGGAGAACCUGAAUUUAUAGAAGCAUUGCAGUCGUUUCAGAAAAGAGGGAGACGCUUUGGAGGAAGAUUAUGAACUCCCUGUUAACAAUGAUCAUACAUUAUGUUGCACAUUCAACUUUCAGUUUACUUAGAAAACAUGUUUGAUGAAGACCUAUCAUUUUUGUUGAGUAAUGACAGUUUUUGGCAGCAUUUAGAGUGUUACUGUAUGCAGUUUCAGACUUUCAGUGUAUUGUGCUUUUGGAAUGAGCUUGAUCAAACCUCUAUACUUCAUUGUUUGAAAUUAAUAGUCAUAUA